AUGCCAGAUGGAUCCGUCGACGUGAACAUGGUUCCAGCUAGAGACCACGGCGAGCUCGAACACACCACCGCCACGGCGACGUCCUCGUCCUCGUCCUCGCGCUGGGUUGGCCUCCACACUGCCACCAUCAUCUUCCAGCUCUCGGCCAUCAAUUUCCUGGCGUCGUUCGCAAACGGCGUCAUCGUGGUCGGACUGCCCGCCAUCGCGCAGGACAUUGUCCUCUCUCAGGAAUUGUAUCUCUGGCCCACCUCGAUCUGGGGGCUGACGAGCGGCGCGGCGCUCCUGCUCGCCGGGGCCGUCGCCGACGUCGUGGGUAGCCGCGUCGUCGACCUCACAGGCGUCGUCGCUGCUGGGAUAUCGACGCUGGCGUGCGGCCUGAGCAAGACGGGCGUGCAACUCGUCGUCUUCCGCGGCUUCAUGGGGGUCGCCAUGUCCCUGCACUGGCCUUGCUCGGUGAGCAUGGUGACUCAGACCGUACCCAGCGGCAAGCCGCGCAAUAUCGCCUUCUCGUGCCUAGGCCUCAGUCAACCGCUAGGCUUUUCGUUUGGCCUUGUGCUGGGCGGGGUGUUUGUCGACACAACGGGUUGGAGAACGGGGUUUUUCAUCCCGGGCGCUGCAAUCCUGGCGUUCGCUGCCUUGGGCUUCUUUGUGCUGGAGCCUGAUGCGCACACAUCGACGACGGGAAAGCUACGCCGGCUCAAGACGAAGGUGGACUGGGUUGGCGCCAUGAUUGCAGGUGGCGGAUUGGCAAUGUUGUCUUAUGUCCUUGCGACGUUGAGUGCGGACAGCGCGAGCAUCGAGAGACCGAAUGCUCUUGCGCUGUUGGCCACGAGUGUCGUCUUGAUGGCCGCGUUUCCUUUCUGGAUCAGAUUUCAGGAGAAGAAACGGCGUCCGACGUUGAUUCCGAACUCGAUCUGGAAGAACCGCGCUUUCACGAGCGUGUGUGUCACUGUGCUGUUGUCUUCGGCUGUCAUGAAUUCUAUGGAGCUCUUUUCCAGUCUGUUUUUCCAGGAGGUGCAGUCGCUCUCUGCAAUUCAAGCUUCGCUCCGACUCCUCCCUUCGCUCAUUUUUGGAACGAUCCUUAACUUGUCCACAGGCUUGCUGGUCGACCGAAUCCCGGUCUUGUGGCUCGUACUGGUCGCCUCGAUCUGCACAGCCGGAUCGCCGUUACUAAUGGCUUUGAUCAGUCCCAAGUUGGAGUAUUGGCGGGGUGCGUUCUUUGCACAGGUUCUGGAGCCGACGGCCGGUGAUAUCUUGUACACCGUUGGCUUGGUUGUUAUCAGCGAUGGGUUCCCGGAACAAACGCAAGCUCUGGCAGGCGCGGUGUUUAGCACCGUCACCCAGUUUGGCAUCGCUUUGGGGUUGAGUACCAUGCAAGUAAUUUCCAAUCUUGUCACAGAGGAUACAAGAUAUCGAGACAAGGCCUCUCCGCCGGCUUUGUUGAAGGGUUACCGAGCAAGCUUCUGGGCCAUGUUUGGCGCCAUGAUCCUGUGCGCUUUCGUCGCGGCCUUUGGUUUGAGGAGGGCCGGGAAAGUCGGGUUGAAGAGGGAGUGA